AAACAAAAACGCCAAACCCUCAAUGUCACGUGACCCUGCCUGACUCCUCCCACUCAUCAGCUCCGGGUCCUUCAAGCCUCCCUCGGUCUUGGCUGCUGCCAGUGGACGUCUCUCCUGCGAACUGACCAGCAGACCUCAGCAUCAGUACAGAAUGCCACUCGGCGGAGGCAACAAGUGCGGCUGCUGCCAGAAAACGGUCUACUUUGCAGAGGAAGUGCAGUGUGAAGGGCAGAGCUGGCACAAGUCCUGCUUUCGCUGCAUGGUGUGCAAGAAGAACCUGGACAGCACCACAGUGGCCGUGCACGUGGACCAAAUCUACUGCAAGUCCUGCUACGGCAAGAAGUACGGGCCCAAAGGCUACGGCUACGGAGGUGGAGCAGGAACCCUCAACAUGGACACGGGAGAGAGACUGGGUAUCCAGCAUGAAGCAGAAUCUCCACACCGUCCUACCAAUAACCCCAACACCUCCAAGUUCGCCAUGAAAGCCAGCAGCUCUGACGCGUGCCCACGAUGCGAAAAAAACGUGUAUGCGGCUGAGAAGGUCAUUGGCGCCGGCAAAUCAUGGCACAAAGGUUGCUUCCGUUGUGCCAACUGCGGAAAAGGACUGGAGUCUACCACGCUGGCUGACAGGGAUGGUGACAUCUACUGUAAAGGUUGCUAUGCCAAGAACUUUGGUCCCAAAGGGUUUGGUUUUGGUCAAGGUGCUGGAGCCCUGGCUCACUCCCAGUAAAGCCAGGACCCACUCCACGUCUCCGGGUUGUUGGACUGAGCUUCUUCUCCUCCACGUGCGAAACGUCCUACUUGUGUGUAUCCAUGUUCACUUCCAUUGCACCUUCUCUCAGACCACUUUCCUCGGCACUAGACGAUAAAAAGUAUUAACAUUACACUGAUUCUACUCUUGGUAUCAUUAGUGUCGAUUGAUACUGUUUAGACUCAAAAGCUUAGUGGUUAGCGAUGCUUCUUGGUAUCCUACUGUGGUGUGUAGUGUAGCAUGUUUAACUACUCUCUGUCCUGAUAAUGUUACGUACAAAAAGUGUUAAUUUCCCCCAUGGAGACGAGGAUUAGUUACUUAGAAGCUGCACUGUUGAAAUGUAUUCAUGAGCUCGCUCGCAAGAUGCUACUUUGCUAUUUGCAGGACUAGAAUGUGUCGUCAACUUGCAUGAUAAGCAAUAUUACAUGAUAUUAUAUUUUAUUACACAACCCUUCUGUAAAGUUCAAAUGUAGUUCUAGAAAUAUUCCUUAAAAACUCAAUUGAUUUUUUAAUCACAUCGGAAGAGAACGUCAGCGUGUUUGUAAGGUUUAGUCCGGACCACCGCUUCACUGAUCCCGACAUUCCUGCCUCGUCGUCUUCAUCUGGAAGCUGCUCUGCUUUAGUGCGUCACAUGUCAGAUGACAUCUUGGUGACACUAAAUAAAUAUCCUGUGUCAGCACUCUUUCAUUCCAA